CGUCGUACUAAUUCUAUUUUUUCUACUUAUGAUCAUAUUCUACGUGUUUCUAAAUUUUGAUCGCCCUCGUAAAUCAACCUUUGGAGCUCUAACCAAAUUUAAUUAUUAAACAGUCAAUCGAAUUCUGCGCAAUGGUGGAGUCCACAACGCUCGUUACGAUUUUCCUGGUUAUCACUGUGUUCCUGCUGACUUUAAUGCUAUUGUUAAUUCCAAUGGCCCUUUUCAGGGGUCAUAGGGGCAAAGGUCCCAAUUCAUUUUUUGGUUAAUGGUAUAAUUUUCAGACACAUAACCCCCGGUUCGGCUUGGUCUUUCUUUGUCGAAUUCAGAUCAGUGUCGCGCGGCGCACAGCGGUGUCAACUUGUCGUGUGCGGCUCAAAUCCAAAGUGUCACAGAGUAAACCAUCAGCCUUCCCAGCCGACCGAGCCUUAAACGGGAUCUACACCGAUCUGCCCAGGAGCUCAUUUGGAUACCGAUCCGAACCCAAACCCCAAACCCUAUACCCAUUCGCAUUCCCAUUCCGAUUUGCAAUCCAGAAACGCGAUCCCGAUCCCGAUACCGUGUAGCCGUUGAACUGAGGAAGCGCCAGCCAAAGAAGCCUGGUAGAAUGCCGACCAUAACCGAGGAUUGCAUAGAUGGAUUCCAGCAGUACUACUCCCGGCCGCCGGAGAGGCCCAAGAAGAAGACCCUUAAGCAGAUGGUCUACGACUCCGAGGACAACUCCUAUUUCGGACGCACCAUGGACAGCUGGGCCAAAAUCGGAAUCUUCUAUGUGGCCUUCUACGGAGUCCUCGCCGCCCUCGUGGCCAUCUGCAUGUGGGCCUUCUUCCAAACCCUCGAUCCCCGCAUUCCCAAGUGGACCCUCGACCGUUCCCUGAUAGGCACAAAUCCAGGUUUGGGUUUCCGACCCCUGCCACCGGUGGACAAUGUUGAAAGCACUUUGAUCUGGUACAAGGGCACCCAGCACGAGAACUACAAGCACUGGACAGACUCCCUGGAUGAAUUCCUCGCGGUGUACAAAGUACCUGGACUAACUCCCGGCCGUGGUCAGAACAUCUACAACUGCGACUACAACCAGCCGCCGCCGAAGGGUCAGGUGUGCGACGUGGACAUCAAGACGUGGUCGCCCUGCACCAAGGAGAACAACUACAGCUACCACAAGAGUGCGCCGUGCAUCUUCCUCAAGCUGAACAAGAUCUACGGCUGGGUUCCGGAGUACUACAACACUUCGCAGAACUUGCCCGUGUCCAUGCCCCUGAGCCUGAAGACCUACAUCGCUGAGGUCGAGAAGACGCAGCCAGAAAAGCUAAACACCAUUUGGGUAUCGUGCGAGGGCGAGAACCCAGCCGACCAGGAGAACAUUGGUGCUGUCAACUACCUGCCAAUCAGGGGCUUCCCCGGCUACUUCUAUCCCUACCAGAACUCCGAGGGCUACUUGAGUCCCCUGGUGGCCGUGCACUUCCAGCGCCCCAAACGCGGAAUCAUCAUCAACGUGGAGUGCAAGGCUUGGGCUCGCAACAUCAUACACGAUCGCAAGGAGAGGAUCGGAUCGGUGCACUAUGAGCUCCUCAUUGAUUAAUUUGUACCACACUAUUACCAAUAAUAUAAUAGAAAACAGAAGAAUCUCCGAUGAACUAGAAUCUCGGUACCAGGCGAGGAGGUGUGAGGACGUUGUUAAGUCUCGUCUAAGACAAUCCUACCAGAGGCAAACCACCACAUGUUGUAGUGAAGAUUGUGAAAGGUUCAGAUUUCCGAAUGUCAUUAAAAAUCCAAAUUAUUUAAUUGUGUUUUCCGCGUUAUUAAGCAUACAUACAAAUUAUAUUCAAGACUUGCAACGCCUAUAACAUACAAAUUUUGAAUUCCAAUAACUAUUUAUGCACUCUACGAUGAAAGACGUAGGAUUGUAAGAUUGUAAAGCUAAACACCAAGAUGGGAAAUAAACAUCCAAUGGACAGGAUGGAAAUAGCCCAGCCUGAAUCUCAUUUGGCGCUGACCAGUAAAUCGUAAAUCAAUCAAAUGCAACAAAUUUACAGCAAUUUAUCCAAACUGCCAUUUCCAAUAAAUCAACAAACGAAUCCCUAGAUAUUAAAAUUUAUAAUGAAAUUUUAUGAAUCAUUUUUGAGUCUGCUGCUAUACACGUAACCGAAAACAGACCAAUUUUGUCUACCAAAAAUCUAAAUAUUUACAGCUAGCUUCAGAAUUUACCAUUUUAAUAAAUAACUUAGUCAAAAGUGAAAAAGUGAGAAACCUAUAUACAUCACAUUUUGAUCGACGACAAAAGAGCAAGAUUUGGAAAACAGAAACUCGUAACUUGAGUUAACUUGUAAGUUUAUGAUAUAAUAAUUGCGUAACAUGAAAUGUAAGGAAAUAAAUUGAGACGAAUAAGAAACACAAA